AAACAAAGUCACGUGACCCGUGCAAGUCCUCUAUAUGCUGACCCUGAUCUAGAUUUAAUACCCGUGAACAAAUCGUGUCACUAUUGUCAGUCAAGAGCUUAUCAAACACUAUGGAAACGCUGACGCUUCCGGAAGCUACCAACACUGAACUACGAUCCCACCUCAGCAUUCAGGCAUUGGCGGAUUUGGGUUUUUUGCUCUGUUUGGUUAGUGGCCAGGGAAUGAAUUUCAUAUGUUUAAAGUUUUGAAAAGUGAUAUAUAAUCACAAUGGCUGCUUUCGUCGUUUCAUUAAAAUCGGAAACGUCUUUGAGUUCACACUUCUACGACUCUUCAAAUCCGGGACAAAGCGAAAAUGCUUUUAUGUCAUAUGAAAGCGUGAGUGAAUCUGAACAUUUCCGAAUAAAAAGCAUUGAUGAUUAUGAUGAAGCUGCAAGAAUUACAUCAAGACAUGAGUUGUCUUCUAGACAUUCAUCAGCAUCAAGUAGGGGAACAUGGAGAAUUUACCAUGAACGAGAUUCAGUUUGUGAAAUUGAUUCCAUAAAACGUGAAUAUCAUCUACCGACGCCGAUCAGAAAUAAUAUUGAAAAGAUGAAACGGCAGAGAGAAUAUCUUGUUGAACAAAGACUGUUUGCUAAUAUGAAAGAGAAGAAAAGGCGAAAGCAAGAGAAAUUACAAUAUGCACAAGCAUUAGAACGAAAGCUUCCAAUGGAUGUUCUUGCAGAAGAAUGGUUUAGCAGUGAUGAGAAAUCAGCUGAAAUAAGAGUCUAUUUGAUUGAAAAUUUGAUGCCGACACUUAUAUUGGGACUUGAAAAAGUAUUACUUGAAGCUGAAAAACGAAAUCUUAUAGAAAAAGACAACAUUGGCAGUGAAAGUGCUGAUCCUGGUGGCAAUUAUCUUCUGCCCAGGCCUACAUUUAACCCCAUCAACUCAUUGGCUCAAUAUCUUAUGAGAAACAACCCAAAAUUUAGCAACUUUCCCGAAGCAUCUCCUUAUGCCAGAGGACUACGAUCUGUGGCAGAAGACUUGAAACGCCAAGUUUUCGAUUUGAAAAAUAACAGAGUUGCAGAGUUGAGAGAAGAAGCCAGAACAAAGCGUAAAGAAUUGGAAGAAUCGGAAACAAGAAAGAUUGAAGAAGAAAUGAAACGAAAGAGCUUAAUGAGGAAACAAUUUGAAAUGUGGUUACUUGAUGAAACACAGAAGCUACAUUUACAAUUGAUACAGAAUGCUUUAUACUCCUAUAUGGAAAUUUCAGCUCAUUUAUCAUCUCAACCAGAGAGUGUUGUGAAAUACAGCAAGGAAUUGGAACCAACUGAUGAAACUGGAUUAAGCGUAGAUGAAGAAGAAUUUGUUGAGUAUUUGGAAGAGCAUUUAAAGGAAUUGGCUCCAGCAGAAUUCAAUAAUGUACUCAGACAUCUAAAUCAGUGUGCACUUGCAUUUCGUAAAACAUUUGAACAUGAGAGAUGGAACACUAUGUUUUAUAAGUUGUUUGAAAAUUUAGACACAGAGCAGACAGGUUAUAUUGAUCGACAUAGAAUUUUACAUUUACUUGAAAAAUUUUGGGAUCAAGUGAAGGACAGUCAACAUGAAUUAAGGAAUCCAAGAAAAUGGCCUGUAAUUGAACUUGAAGAACUUGAUGAUUUAUUUCCUGAGUCUGAUGAUGAAAAUGAAAGUGAGAGCAUUAAAGUGUCUACGCAAGAAGAGGAGGAAGAAAAUGAGGAGAGGAAGAAUCUUCCCUCGAAUGAAGUUUCUCCUAUUGUCACAGAGACAGAAGUGCAGAAAUCUGUUGAAGAAGGAGAAGAGAGCAAAACAGAACCAAGCCCUACUGAAAAUGCAGCUGAAUCUGAAUCGGAACAGGUAGUCGAAGGUAAUACGAUUGAUACUGAAGUCAAAGAAGAAGAUCAGAAAGCUGGGGAAAAAGCUGAUGAUAUAAUUUCAGAAAUAGUUGAAUCUGUUAAAUCUAAUCAGACUCCUUCAACAGAAGUUGUCAAAAUGGCUUCUGCUGUUGAUGGAAAAGAAGAACACAAAGAAAUAAAUUCGAAUAUUGAGGAAAAAUCCACUGUCAUUACAACUGACACAGAGCAAGUGGAAGAGCAAACUCCAGUUGCUCCUGAAGUUGCUUCUACUGAAAAAGAAGUAAAGGAAACAGCAGCAGACACUGAUGAACAAACCAAGGAAAAGGUGGAAGAAGAAGAUAAAGAAGAACAUGAUGAUGUGGAAACAAUGAAUCAAAUCGAAGAUGAAAAGCUUGAUAAGACUGAAAUCAAGAUUACUGAUAAAGAAAAAGUGGAAGUAGAAGAGAAAACCAAGGAAGAGCUAACAGAAAAAGAGGAAAAUGAACAAUUGGUAGAAAGGGAGGAAAAAUCUUUGGAAAUAGAGCCGACAUUAGCAGACAAACUUCUGCGAAAUAUUACUGGAGGAAUGACAUUGAAUACUCCAACAGUUGCUGAUGAAAGUGAAAGCAGUGAAGCAGUCAAAAUACAAUUUUCAAAGGAAACACCACAGCUGGAAAGACAAGUUCGUAAAACAACAUCAUAUUCUAUUGUCGCACCAAAGAAAGAAAAUGAACAGAAAAAGUGGGGAGAGGAACUUAUUACAUCUUCUCAGCAGUUCAAUGGAGAGAAAAUUGCUCCUCCGAGUACAAUAACUCAAUCAGGAGAUCAAGAAGAUGGAACAGAAGAAUUACUCAGCACUUAUUUUAAUGCUUCAUCAUCACAUGUUGUACAAAGAGUAGCUGCUGAUAUGGAUGAUGACAAUCUUUUCCCUUAUCCUGUUGAUAUAAAGACAAGACCAGCUAGUGCUAGCAGAAUGAGUGUUACAUUUGCUGCCGAGGCUGUCAUUCUUCCGGAUAAACCUCCGCAUGAGUUUUUCUCAGAGUUUUCGUCACGAAGUCAAUCCAGAAUAACGAGUGUUUUUGAUGAAAACCAACUAAAUAAGAAUCGAUUUGUUGCUCUUCUUGAAACAUUUUUGAGUGACAAUGCAACUCACCAUGUUGUUGAGAGCCUGCUUAACUUUAUACAUCUUGGAUAUAUCGAAACCGAGGAAGAGAAAAUGCUAAGAUUGGCUCGAGCACAUAAAGAAGCCUUGGCAGCAAAACAUCAUGAAAUGAUUGAAAACAUUUUCAAUAAAUGGGAUAACGAUGGCCAAGGAUAUCUCGAUAUUGAAACAAUUGAAGAUGUGUUGUCCAAAUACAAAGGUGGUAUGGAGGCAUCUGCACUCAAACGUGGUCGUAUGACCAUCAGACAGUUUAGAAAACAAAGGUUUCAUGACAGUAAAAUUACCAGAAAAGAAUUUCACAAAUAUAUAACAGCUGUAUGUGAUGCUAUGGCAGGAGGAGAAGAGGUAUUCGAUGGCGUUAUUGAAUUUGUUAUCACAACAGUAGAACGUACUCAUGCUGAGAGUGUUCGUGGUGAAGCUCGUAGGAAAUGGCUUGGACAAAUCAAAUCAGCAGCAGAAUGUAGUGGUGCAACCAUGGCACCUGUUUAUCGAUUUAUAUUUCAGAUAUUGUACAAGGAUGCAGAAGCUCAUGGUAAUCAGAAAAAGAUAAGUGCAUAUAUUGCUCUUCUUGAAAAAAACGUACUCUAUCCUUCACGUGGUGAUUUAUUGCUGCGAUAUACUGCAUGUACUCUAGACAAUGCUCCAUCCAUGAUUGGAAAAGCAUAUUAUGAAGAUAUGAGGGGCGUAAGUUUUUACUGUGUACGCCGUGGAAAGCUAGUCCAUGUUCCACGGGUUCAUAGCCAUGGACGAAUAUAUUUCUGGAAUCCUGAGCGACUUUCUGAAGAAAAAGAAGCUUCUCUUGUACUCAUACCUAUCAAAGAUGAAGAACACAGAGUGUUUGGAAUUAUGGGAAUCGAUAAUAUAAUUGAUCCUGCUGACAGGAGUGUCUUUGCAAAUCAUGAACUGAAUUUUUAUCAGGGAGUUGCCAAAGCAUUUUCAUCUGCAUUUCAUCAUGUUGACUUGAAAAGAAAGUUGCUUCGCAUCAUUGAUUCUGCAAUGUCAUGGAUACACAGUCGUGCUCCACUGAUCACAAACCUGACAGUGUACUUUGUUGAACCAGAUCCUAAAUCUAACUCUGGAAAUGUUUUGAGAAAAAUGAUGUUUGCUGACAAUUUUAAAGGUGUUACGCACACAUAUAACAAACCAGCACGAUUAUAUCGCAAAGAUAACUUGUUCAGAGAUUAUUUAUUCAAAUGCAUGGAAACUUCUGAAACCACUACUGCUGAUGCAUAUGGAGAAUAUCACACUGCUUAUCCAUUACGUGGAGAACAGGGUCGAUGUCAGUGCUUGAUAGAUAUAAGUCUUGGAAAACAGCGAUCCCUACCAAGGCAUGAAGCACAAGAAAUGCAAAGAAUGUUGAAAUUGUUGCAAGCUGCAAACAAAGAAGUAUUGAGAGAGUCUUCUGGAGGAAAGAAGACCAUCAUAUUAGAGGCGGAAGAGAAAGCAUCUGAUGAAACGAGGGUUGAGAUUAUGUUUGAUCGUCUCAUGUUGACAGACCUGCGUGAGAAUGUUGUCAAAUUGGAUACAAAUGUAUUUGCUGAAUUACAUAAUUAUAAGGUUCCUCCACCAAUGAUUCACAAUAUAUUGAAAGCAGUUUUGAUGCUGUUUUACCAAGAAGAAGAAGAUUUUGAGCAAUUUCAAGAUUGGGUAAAGUGUAAACAGUUGGCAACAACAAAAUUACGUCAACAAAUUGUGACCUUCGACCCUACAGCAGAUGGUGCAGUGAGUGAAGAAUCUGCAGAAAUAAUAUCUGGCUUACUAAAAGGCAUUGCCCACGGUGCUGUAGCUCGACAUGGUUCCAUUCCAGCUCAACAGCUAUACAACUGGGCAUUUGUCUGUUUAUCAUUGAUUGAGCAUACAAAAAAAUCAGGUGAUAGCUGCGGACAACCUGCUCUCACACCACUAACAUCUGCAAGCACUGCUACAACAACAGAUACACAGGAUACAGCAAAUUAUUGAACAUUAUUGUAUAAAUAUAAAAUUUGUUUACAUUUUUAGAAUUUGCUUUUGCCGAAUGUGUGAGCAAAUCCAGAUUAAUAUGGAAUGUUUUUGCAUGUUUCAUUCAUGCCCUGUACAGUAUUUUGUAUAAGAGAAAAAAGUUCCAUGUGACUCACGACGUAUAAAGUCAGAAAUUUUGACACCCAAAUAUUUUAACUCCAAUUUGAAAACAUGAUUUCUAGUGAAUUACUGCGAAAUAUUCGAUCUGACUUAAUUAACCUUCCCCACACAUUAUUAUCUGUAUCAUCGCCUGAGUUAGCCACAUUGACUUCAGUAUUAUAAAUCAGUCGAAUAAAGUCGAAUUUUUUUUUUUAAUAGUUCGUUUCUCAUUUAGUAAUCUUGUUUGAUAAACACGUAGAUUAGGAUUAUAUUAUCACUAUAUAUGCUCCAAUUAUGUGUGGAUUUUUUGUUCAAUAUUUUACCUUUUAUAUUUUGAUAUCAGUUUAAUUAUGUGUACAAGAUGUUAUUUUGUAGUUUUUAGCUGAUUACCCAUUGCCUUAAUUAUGUGAACCAUAUGAUAUCAUGUACUAUACCACUGCAAUCGCAUAUCAGUUAGGGUAAUAAUAUAUAUAUAUAUAUAAAAGUAUGAUUGGCCUGUGAUUAUCACUCUUAUGAAUGUUUAAUUUUUAAUUUUAGAUUAUAAAUAUGAUUUACAAUAUCUGCCUGUCGAAAUAUUGCAAAUACUUAUUUUUAUUAUAUCCCAGAGUUUUGGAUCAGUAUAGUGGAUUGAUAUUACAUAUCAGUGAGAAAUCCUUGAUAUGACCAAGUCGUCAUUGACAUUCCUCUCUGGUAAAAUUUUAUUCUUGCUUCGAUUGCUAUUGAAUCUUAUGCUCUAAUCAGAAACCUACCUAAUCAACAGUGUUAAUAUUAACUUGAGAGGCCAACAUGGAAGGGUGAAAAUUGUGAUUCGGUGUACCUACCAUAUUAUGCAUGCUCAUUUCACAUUCAAAUUUUUUAGCAUAAAUAUUUUUAUGCUAUAUUACUGUGAAUCCUGAUUUUACCUGAGAUAAGUUACCUGAAGAUUUCGUUGACCAUAUACAAUGAUUCAUAAAUAUAUUAAUAUUAUUUAUUAUCUAUCUUUUUUAAUACAAAGAUUUAUUUUUAUUAUUUUUAAAUGAUGAUUGCACUUUAGUUAGGCGUAUAUUGCUCCAGAAGACCCAAGAGAUAUUUAAAAUUAAUAUUCCAAUCGCUAUGUUUAUAAAAAAAAAUAUCUUUCCAAUAUAUUCCCAAAGUAUUAAGGAUAAAUUUAUGUACCGUAGUUUUAGAGGAAUUAAUGAGAUUAAAAAAUCACCAAUAAA